AUGCAAACGGAAGAAUCUGCGAAACCUCUACUUUAUAAAGCAUUCGAUCAUCUUGGAAGGUAUUUGAACUUUAUGGGAAAACACGUUGAGGCAGUUCAGGCUUGGGAGGAUGGUUUGAAAGUUCUGGAAGACAGUGGAUUGGAUAGUGAUAAAUUGAUCAAUUGGAUUCAUACUGCAAUUCAAGCAGCUCGGAUCACUCAUCGACAAGGUAAAAACCAAGAGAUCUUCGUUACAUAAAUCUUUCAAAAUCUUUUUAAUUGAAGGCAUGGACGGAUCAGGAGUAACGUAUAAGGGCCAAAGUGUAACGUAUACUUCUUCAAAGUUGACUACAGAGGAAGAAAACGAAUGGAAGAGAGAAAGGUUGGAAAAGUCUAUAAUGCAUUUUAAAGGAGCUCUGGAUAAGUUUCCUUCACAUCAAAUGGAAGUAACGAUGAAAAUUCAAAUGGAAUUGGCGAGUACUUUGUUCGAUUCGAAACGUUACGAUGAAGCACUCGAGAUCUAUGAAGAUGCCUUCUACGUAAGCAAUUGAUCAUUGUCUGCGUAAGCUUUCUUGCUCUUCUACUGUCGGUCAGAACGACGCAGAAUACCGUCACCUACUCAGUAGAUACCACCAUGGAUGCUUUGACACGAAUAGAUAUUGAUUUUUUAAAGAGAUUAUAGCCUUUUAAGAAUAUUGAUUUGAGGUUCGAAAAACGUUUGCAAAUACGUCGAAAUAAGACUAACUUCACGAGCUUGUAAAAAUAAUAUAUGACUAGUGAAGUACCUAUCCUUGUCUUGUACAAGACAAUUUUUGAGUGACCAAUGAUUAUUAUUAAGUCUUAAGUAAGUGGUUUUCAAUUUAAUAACACCAAGAAGUCAAGAUCUUGGAUUCUUGAAUUUUUCUCAAGACCUUAAAACAUCCUGGCUUACUUCACUCAAGAUCUUGGGCGGAGUAAGCCACGAUGUUUCGAGAUCUUGGGUUCUUGAAUCUUUCACUCAAGAUCUUGGGUUAAGAAAUUUCAAGAUCUUGAGUGAAGCCACUCAAGAUGUUGCAAGAGCAAGAAUGACAAAUUUUCUUUACAUUUUGUUUUUAUUUAUGACAGUCGUAGCCACUGGAUAUACGACCAUAUAGAAUCAUAGAUUCUUCCUUAAAUAACUAAGAUUAUGAAGGAAAACAUAUCGAACUAUUCUAAGCGUGAAAAUAUUUGGACUUAUAUUUACACUAGAAUGCAAAAUAAAACGAUGAUUCAAGACUUUCCAAGGUCUUGGUACAAUAAGUCAAGAAAUUACAAGAUGUUCAAGAUCUUGACUUCUUGAAAUUUCUUGAAUUCUUAUAUUUUCUUACCAAGAUCUUGAAUCAAGAUCUUACUAAAAAAAUUCAAGAAGUCAAGAUCUUGAUUGCAAGACAUUUCACUGUGGUACGUCUUAUUUGCAUAAAACUACUGCACCUAUUGGCUCUAUGUAACGCAAGUACAUCCUAAAUAGAGAAAAGGAGGAAAGAAAUACGUCGAUGUCUUUUCUGCAUGAAAUCUAUAUUUCGUUAAUACUUUUAUAUUUUAUUGUAUAGCUUAAAUAGAGUUUUAGGUCAUAUAGGUUUAUGUGACCGGUGUACCCAGUGAAAAAAAAUGAGCGUGAUUCCGCCAGUUCCUGCGGGAAAAUAUUUUUUCGUCGGGAGUUUCAAUUUUUCCGCAGGAAAUUUUCAGUUUUCGGCGGGGAAAC